UUCCCAGCCACCGCACCCGCUUCGGCUCCGUCGAGGCGCACGCUGAAACGUCGAGGCGCACGCCACCGAAUUUCCAAAGUUCCCAUGCAGGUUCGCUUUCUGGCCCUUGGUUUUCUGCUUCUUUUAUUCUUGGCCCAAGUCCACUCUCUGGUCUGGGUACGUACGCACUCCGCCUCCCGGCCUUCAACCUUCCGCGGUCCACGCUGGCACACGCAUCCUCUUCCGUCUUCCCUCCCUUCUCGUUCUCUCCCGCCAUGCCGUGAAGCUUCCAAAUGCGCGUCGCCUUCAUUACCUGCCCUCCUGGCCUCCUCUAUGGAGUGUGUUAUAUAUACGUAUCACCUCGCAACAACACCAUGCAUGGUUCGCAGCGCCAGGGUCGCAAGCUUAUAGCAGUCAACAAAUACUAGUGCCCAUUACCGCCGGAUCGAUCGGAAGCCGGCCGGCGGCAAGGAAGGAGUAUCCCAGCGCAGCACCGACUCCACGACUUGGCCAUCAAUCAUCAUCCAUCGCAGUAUCGCACCGCAGCAACAGACACCGACCGAGGAUGGUUGUUGCCGUCGCCGCGCGGUCGUCGUCGUCCGCGACCAGCAGCAGCAGCGAGCUGGGGUCGCUGUUCGCGGCGUUCGACGCGGACGCGGACGGGCGGAUCUCGGCGGCCGAGCUGCGGGAGUGCGUGCGGGCGACGCUGGGGCCCGACGCCGCGGCGGUGUCGGCGGAGGAGGCGGAGGCGCUGGUGGCGGGCGCGGACGCGGACGGCGACGGGCUGCUGGACGCCGCCGAGUUCGCGCGGCUCGUGGCCGGCCUGCACGCGGGUGCCGCCGAGGAGGACCGCCACCGCUGCCUGCGCCAGGCCUUCCGGAUGUACUCCUCCGACGACGACGCGGCGGAGGGCCGGGGCUCCUCCUGCAUCACCCCCGACAGCCUGCGCCGCAUGCUCGCCAGGCUCGGCGCGCACCAGGACGUGGACGACUGCCGCGCCAUGAUCUGCAGGUUCGACCUCGACGGCGACGGCGUGCUCAGCUUCCACGAGUUCAAGGUCAUGAUGGGCGCCGCGUGACCCGAUCCAGUUCCGCCGCCGCCGCUGCUGCUGCUUAGAUGGUCCUUGUUCAUAUGUGGGUUGCUUCAUUCAUUGGUUGAUUCAUUCGUUGCUUGUGUGUCAUCAAAAUAAUAAGUCAUUAGUUGCAGGUAGCUAGGAUUAUUAGCCAUGCUGUGAUGUACAUCAUUUUCGUGCAGCCUGUGUUGUGCAGUUGUGCUCCUUCCCCCUUGCGUGUGAAGAUGAAUUGCUAAUUUUUUAUUUCAUAUAUACAUCGCCAUCUAAAAUAAA